GGACGACUAACGGCCCACUAACGGCCCACUAACGGCCGUUCUGUGACCUUGCUACCGGACCGCAGAGGAACCGGGCCGUGGUGCCCGUCGGGCCGAACCCCGGCGCUGCUGCUCGGUGUGUCGGUCGGUCGGUCUGUCGGUGGAGGCCGGAGCGUCGUCCUUCUCCCCCCGCAGCCUCCGGACGGUUUCACCGCCGCUCACCGGGACUCUUUCCGGUCCGUCGGCUUUUAUCAGAAUCUCUCCGGUUGGAUUUUACCGCAACCCGCUCGGACCGACGCCGGCGGCUCCGUCCCGCCGCCCUCCGCCGCCUCAUUUCCGCAUUCGGAUGCUCCGUUUGCCGGCAGCUGCUGUCGCUCAGUGUCUCCAUGGUGAAGGGGGCGUGGCCUGAUGUCAGCCCCGCCUCUCGUAGACCCUCCCACCAUCACCAUGCCGACCAUGGUUUCUAGGCUGCCCAAGUUCGGCUCGCGGCCCAGAUCUCAGACGGCUCCGGCUGCGUCCGGCGCCGCCCCUGCUGCCAGCACCCGCCUCACCAACGGGUUCUACCACCAUCCCGGACCGGUGGGGGUCAACGGCACCGUCACGGCGCCGCCCUCCGCCGUCCGGCAGAACGGCUUCAUCAGAGUGCCGAGUUCCUUCCCCGCGAAAUGGAGGAAGGAGGGCGGAGCGACGGAGGACGGGGAGGCGAAGAACGUCCCGCAGCCGCCGUCACCGCAGGGCAAAAAGGCAACCACGCCCCCUCCAGGAAAGGGGCGUGGCUUCGGCCAACCUGCGACAUCAUCCUCGCCAUCGCCACAGUCGAGCCCCAGAACUCUGCCUGCUUCUAAAAGUGGCUCCAGACUGAGCCCGCCGGCGUCCGGACUCCCCAAACGGACCCUGAACGGCGUUUCCAAGCCUCGAGGCACCCUCAGGCAGCCGCAGGGUUUUGGUCGACCCGGCGGUUCCAGGCCCAGUUCUGGUCCUGGAUCUCGGUCCGGGUCGCCCCUCCAGAAGAAGGCAUCGGCCAGCCGCUCGUACUCCAGCGACAGCCUUGGCUCCGCCCCCUCCGUCCAGCUGACCGAGAACGACCGCUUUCGCUCGCGGAGCCUCACCCAGGUCCGACGGCAGCCCUCCCCCACCCUCACCCCCUCCCCUACCUCCUCCUCCCCCACCGUCGCCCGCUACCAUGGCAACAAGGCGUCCUCUGCCCAGGCUCCGCCCAGAAAACCACCAGAGGGAGGAGCUCGAGGUGGGGGAGGGGUCAAAGGGAGGUCAGGCGUCCCCUCCCUCCUGCCUCCAGCGGCCUUGAAGAAGCCCCUCCUACCCAGCCUUGGCCCCGCCUCCAAGCCCAGCGGCAUCAGCUAUAAGCUGUCCCGCCCGUCACUCAUGAAGCAGUCCCGCCCCCUCCGAGUGACUCCGACCAAUGAGAGUGGAGGUGAAAUAAACCGAGGACUAAAUGGACGGAGAGACUCGGUGGAGACGCCGUCGACCACAGAGAACAGCCCCGAGAACUCCCCCGAUGCUCCAGACCCAGAGGGGCUGUCUGCCGAGCCCGUGUUCCAGGGAGAGGUGUCCAUCGUGGGGGAGACGCUGGAGGACAUGUCCCUGUCCUCCACCUCGUCUCUGGACAGAAACGACACCAGUCAGGAGUACAUGGACGACUUCGACAACCUCGGUAACGGAGGCGUCGGCAUUCUGCUGCUCUCCUCCAAAAACGACGAGGAAGACUCAGGGCUCGACCAAUCGUGUUCCAGGUUCAAUGACGACAAGCCGGCCGCUGUCAACGGCGUCACCAAGGCGACGGCGCUGUGUUUCCUGGAGGACGGCUUGGAUUGGACCGGCGUCAGACUGGACGGUGAACGAGGAGAGCAUCGGCUGACCCGCAGGAGGAGGUCCAGUCACCCAGAAUACCACGAGCAGGGCGGCUCGUCCUUGGACUUGUCCCCCUCCGACAGCUGUGGUUCCGGUGGGACCUACAUGUGGGACGAGGAGGGUCUGGAGCCACUAGGGGGCGCCGCCACCACCGCCUCCAUCCACACCAACAGCAACACCACCCACCACAUCGGGAGCUUCGACUCCGACCUCAACAGCAUCGACAUCCUGAACAACCUGGACUGUGAUCUGGCCGACGAUGACCUCAUGCUGGACGUUGAUUUCCCAGAAGAUGCUUCUCUGCACACCGACGGAGAUGUUCUGCCCCACAUGGCCCAGUGGAGGAGGAGGCAGCUCUGCUGGGGAACGCAGGACGUCCACAACGACAACGACAGCCUCAGUGACUUUCAGUGCUACAAGCUGACCGAGGAUCCUGGAAACAAGAGGAUGGACUCGACCACCGACGGAGAUCUGAUCCUGGAUCUGUGUUCCAGCAGGUCAGUCAGCAGGUCGGCCUGCUUGUCUCCUGGUUCUCCCAGCUUGGGUCUGGAUGUGGAGGAGCUGGCUGAGGACUGCUCGGCGGUCCGGUCCCAGCUGGAGUAUCUGCAGAGGCUGCUGCUGCAGGAGGACGACAUGGACGACGACACUCUGACCACCGACACGCUGAGUCCGGAAACCGUCGACUCGUCCCACAGCGCCGACUCUCAGGUCCAGGCUCUUCUGCAGGAGGUCCAGCAGCUCAGGGAGGAGCUGAGGAGUCGAGACCGGACCAUCGCACAGCUCACGCUGCAGCUGACCGUUCCCACGGUAACCGCCAGGUGUCGUUGCCAGGAGACGACAGGAAGGAUGGAUCAGCACACGCAGACGAGUGUGACGGAGAGAGAGAGCGUCGCCUCGCAGACGCCGUGGAGGGAUCACAGCGCCUUCCCUCCGUUUCCUUUCCUCUCUCCUCCUUGGCAGUAUCAGCGCUCCAGGCCUUACAGGAGGCCGAAGCCCAGCAUCCCCUCACACCUCGCUAGGAAGAUCACAGAUACUUCACUCCUCCAAUCAGGAAGACCAGGAACCACUGAUGCCGCCGCCGCCGCCACCACCGCACCCCCAAGCUCCGCCUCCAGCCUGCCGCGCCCCCGCUGACAGACUCCCCACGCCGCCGGGAGCAGAGGAUGAUGGGAAACCAGAGGAGAAAGUUGACCGGAGAGCCAGAUCCCUGCUGCCCCCCCAG